AUGUUAAUAGUUGUGAUACUUUUUACAUCGUUUUUACUGUAUUUCACACAAGCAUCCACUGCAAGGAAACAAAAUUCUGUUGAUGCUAUUUUCGAUGAUGGCACUGAUGACAUAAAAGAACUGUUAGAAGAGUCAGAGAUGAAAUUACCAUCAAGGCCAGCUUUUUUGGAUAAACAUGGUACUGAAGGUGUCAACUAUAAUUUGGAUAACGAUUCUCGUCCCUUCAUUUACUGUGAUUUUUUCGAUGCGAGUUUAUGUGAUCCUGUUGAAAAUAAUGGCUGUCCAAAGACGAAGAUGUGCUAUGCAUCGGUUAGUAAUCAACGCUUAGGAUGUAUGGUUGCAGCUGUAAUUAACUCUAAGGAAAAGCAUGUGACUUUAAAAGGAUGCUGGCCGCAUGAUGGUAACUUGGGUAACUGCGACAAUCGUCAAUGUGUUGCUGAUAAGCAAUCAUCUGGGCAUGGUAUAGCUGCGUUAUUUUGUUGUUGUAGCGCGCACUAUUGCAAUAGAAUUUUCCAUUAUCCACCUUCUGCAGAAACCAUACUAUCUACAACAACGAUAGUGCCAAUUAAGAAAUAUAAUCUCGGAUUUCUUAGUGGAGGUAAUAAAAUAUUUGGAAUGACUGUCAUUGGUUUUUUCUCGUUUUGUGGCUUAGCUUUGAUCGGUUAUUACGGCUAUCGAGAAUGCAGGAAUAGUCAUCAUAAGAAAGCAAAGACGGCUGACGCAUUUUCAAUGACUGUCGUUGGUGAUGCAAAGUUACCUUUGAUUAAAGCUACAAAAGAAGAUAAUUUGAAAAAUGUGACCAAUAUGGAGUUAGUUGCGCGUGGGCGAUUUGGUGAGGUCUUUCGUGGUGAACUAGACGGUGAAGUUGUUGCAGUAAAAGUUUUUCCUGCUGCAGAUGCAAAUAGCUGGGUUACUGAACAGGAAAUUUAUGCAAUACCCUCUCUUCGAAAACACCAAAAUAUAUUACGAUUGCUCGCCGCUGAAGCGCGUGGAAGCGUUUUUUGGUUAAUCACUGAGUUCCAUGACUUUGGUUCAUUGUUUGAUUUUCUUCAUUUUCGCAUUCUGACUCUACAAGAGUCUCUAAAAGUAAUCGCCUCAAUGCUCAGGGGCUUAUCUUUUCUUCACGAAGAAAGAAUAAUCGAUGACAAUAUGAAACCAUGCAUUGUACACCGUGAUUUCAAAUCGAAAAAUGUGCUGCUGAAACAUGAUCUGACUUCCGUAAUAGCUGAUUUCGGUUUGGCUUUAAAGUGUGAAAAUGGUCAGAUGACAUUAGAUGACAAUCAUGGGCAGGUAGGUACUCGGCGAUACAUGUCACCCGAAAUAUUGGAAGGUGCUACCGAAUUUACGGCUUUCGCUUUUCGUCAGAUCGAUGUCUAUGCUGCUGCUUUGGUUCUGUGGGAAAUUUUGUCGAGAACUUCAUUGGGUAACGUUGCAGAUGAUGUAGUUGGAGAAUACAAACGACCAUUUGAAUCUGAAGCUGGAAUGCAACCGACAUUGCAUGAUAUGAGACGAGUUGUCGCUAUGGAAAAAAUCCGACCAAAAAUCCGUGCUUCAGUCGUCGAUCAUAACAUUGGUGGUGUGUUGUGGAAAACGGUCGAAGAUAUGUGGGAUAUGGAGCCGGAUGGGCGUAUCACCUCUGGUUGUGCUUAUGAGAGGGCCAAUACAUUGUAUAUGUCAUAUGCUGCUGAUCUGAGAUUUGUUGAUUCUAUGGAAAAACCAUUGGAAAAUUCGUCAAAUUGCCCGCUACCUUCAUGUGACGGCGGGGUGAUACCGGCAGCACUGCUUAUCAAAGAUGGCUCUUUGGGUUCCAAUGGUUUCCAUACUUCGAUCGAGGAAUAUGCACAGGCUUGUACAGCACCUCCAAAUGUUCGAUGUUCUUCAUUAUAUCUUGAUGCAGAAAAAGUAAUCAAGGAUAAUUUACUUCCACCAUCAAGUCACUACUCUGUCCACGGUAGUCGGCCAAUGUUAUAA